CCAGUUCAUCAUUCAGUUUUUAGCUCCUCGUUGAACAAACAUGUCUACCUUCGCUUUUGUGUUCCUCUGCAUCCAAGCUUGUUUGGUCCAGCAUGUGUUCAGUCAGUGCACCAGCCCCGCAGCUGUUGUGGAGGCUCCCUUCGGUCUGGCCGCUCCUGGCUUAGCUGCUCGUGGUCUGGCUGGUCCUCUUGGAUGGUCUGCUGCUGGCCUGGCUGCUAAUGGUCUUGUGGCUUCUGGACUUGCUGCUCCUGGCAUUGCUGCUCCUUUCGGUCUGGCUUCUCCUUUAGCUUAUGAUGGUCUGGCUUACCCUGGUGCUGCUCCUUACGGCGGUGCUGGUGAAGGCAACGUGGCGGUCGCUGGUGAGCUGCCAGUCGCUGGUACUACCGCCGUCGCUGGUCAGGUCCCCAUUAUGGGCGCUGUGAGCUUCGGUGGACCUGUGGGUGCUCUUGGAUCUGUGUCCAUCACUGGACAAUGUGCUUGCGGUUGCAAUGCUCCUAUUUACUACUGAGCGAAUAAAUUAUUCAUUAAUUUAA